GCAGCAGGUAAGUAGUGAGGUUUACAAUGAACAGCACAGAAAAGGAUGAUGAGAGUGAAAUCAGAACACCGUUCAGAGGUCUAAACCCUUCAGUCAGUAAGGAUGAAGAAUUGGAAAAUGGAAACACUGUAACAAACGUCAAUAUUGAGGUGGUCAAGACCGAAGUAAAGAUGGAAGAUGAUGAAGAUGAGGGUGGUUUUAGCCCAGACACAGCUGCAGAAAACAGCAUUGUACCCAACGCACUAAAACGGAAGCAGAUACACAAUGGGUUUGGUGAGACGACCAUGGACCAUGAAAGCCCCAUCAUCUAUAAAUGGAGAAGACUUAACUGUGAGGACAUGCUUGCCAGUUUGAGGGGCUCCAGCUCUUCCCAGAGGUUCCUGGAGGGUACAAGCAGGAUGAGGGAAACCAGCGGUGCUCCGUUGCUGGAGAACGACGAGACUGUGGGAGAGCAGCAGUCGGCCACUGAUGGAGGUUUCUCCAACAGCCUCCUCCAACAACACCACCUGCCCGACGGCCACAAGAACUACUCUAGCAACCUGUCGCCCCAGGCCACUGGAGCCGAGCCCACCCCUUACUCCCUGAUCCACAAGAUGUCCUUCACCCUCAACACGCUGAACUCCACCAUGACCCAGCUCCACAGCAAGAUCGACCUACUGUCGCUGGAGGUGGACCGCAUCAGGAGGCACGUCAGCCCAGGUGAGUCGGUGCUGGACUUCCCACCGCCGGCCAAGUACCGCCUGAACAACAGUGAGCUGAAGCAACUCUUGGAGCAGAGCUCAUCCCCGGGGGACCUCUCCUGCCGCCUGCUCCUCCAGCUCUUCCCGGAGCUCUUGGCCGAAGACCAGGCUGACGUGCGUUGCCGAGCGUGCAGCGCCGCGCCCAAGAGGAAGCUGGACACCCUCCACCUCCAGCUCAUCCGAAACUACGUGGAGGUUUGCUACCCGUCGGGCGGGAAUGGCGACGUGUGGAGGGCGGACUGCCUCCCGCAGCUCAACGACUUCUUCAACAGCUUCUGGGCACAGAGGGAGAUGGAGAGCAGUCAGCAGAACUACAAGGUGGUCAGCAUCGACUGGGAAGACCAUGACAUGGGGCAAGCCCAGUCUAACAGCUAUGUGGAGGACAACCCGCAUGAGGAAGCCCUGUCCUUGGACUCCCCCAGCAGCGUCAACUCGGACUUGGUGCUGGAAGCCCAGGAGAUCAGUGAGUACCUAGAGGGGGCCUCGUCGCCCGGUGAAUUUGCUGCCUUGCUCCUCCACCGCCUCUUUCCGGAGCUCUUUGACUCCAGGCGCUUGGCGUCACAGUACAGCUGCCGCGGCUCUCCGGGCAAGCUAGCCCUGGACCCCCAGAAGAUGCAGGUGGUGAGGAGAUACUGUGAGAUCUACUACCCCGAGGUGCGGGACGAGGAGGCAUGGACGGAGCUGGUGGAGCGACGGCUCGACCAGGAGCUGGAGUGCAUCCACUCUGACGACAGUGACUCGGACAGGCAGAGGGACCAGAGCAUUGGGACCUCCAAUGCCUCAAUGGUGGGCAGUCAAGAGGACCUCGAAAGGUCCACGCCAAAUUUCUGGCUUGUGGACAUCAAACCGUUGGAGAUACCUCCUCCGGACUUCGAAGUGCCCUGCCCGCAACACAUCCUCGAAAAACACCAGUUGAAGAACAUCUACGAUAACAGCCGGUCCUUCGGCAACUUUGCCUCCCGCCUGUUAGUGCAGUUUUUCCCCAAGCUCUUCACGCCGGAGAAUCUGAGGCAGCAGUACAACUGCACCGGGUCCCUGGGCAAGAAGCAACUGGACCCCGUGAGGAUCAAGCUCAUCCGCCACUACGUGCAGCUGAUUUGCCCCAGGGCGAAAUGCGACAAGACCUGGAACCAAGAGUUUGUGCCCAAGUUGAAUGAACGCUGCCGUCGAUGGGACAUGGCGCAACGGCGCGUCUACCACUUGGACAUAAAGAAGCCCACCUCCUACAGCGACGGAGUGAAGGAAGAGCAGAUGCUUGCAGCAACCCAGUCAGAGCAGGCCAAGAGGGACUCCGUUCAUCCACAACCACAGGCAGCACAAGACCGGGCAGAACGCUCCAAGCAAAACUUCCGUAAAGUCCCCCUCCACCAACUCAACAUCCCCACUGUCGAUUUCCGCGUGGCCACCAAGUAUCUACUGUCCACUGAGGAUCUAAUGGACAUAGUCGAGGACAGUCAGUCUGUCGGGAACUUCAGCGCCCGGCUUCUGGUCAGGAUCUUCCCUGAGCUGUUUACGUCCGAAAACCUCAGGCUGCAGUACAACCAUUCGGGGGCGUAUUACAAGAAGCAACUGGACCCAGUGCGCCUGAGGCUGAUCCGCCACUAUGUGAAGGCAGUUUACCCUCAGGCCAAGAGUGAUCGGGUGUGGCGCCUGGAAUGUAUUUCCAGCAUCAACAGGAGGUGUGGAAGACCCAACAGGAGGAAGUCCAAGGUGACCGCAGACUCCAAGGAUAAGAAACGCUAAACGUGACACAGACACAAAAAGCUGUAAUAACUCAGCGGGACAGGCAGCAUCUCUGGAGAGAAGGAAUUGGUGAUAUUUCAGGUCGAGACCCUUCUUCAGACUUUCAAACAUUAAAAGUUUCUCCCUCAGCCCUAUCCUUCGAAAUAUCAAACUGGGGUUUUCUCUUCUCUAUGAGGAGGUUCACCACAAAAUAGUGACUCAUUUGUAAAGUUGACCGCAGGGCAGAUAAGUUACGAAUAUCUUCUAUACUAUUACUAAAACUCUCAUCUUGACUACUCUGGUCUUCGUUGUAAAUACAUUUGCGCAAAAACGCUA